AUGACCCCACAUACUAAAUCCGCUGAAGGUUAUCGGUUUGAUUCCCGAAUGGUUGGACGCACCACAGGUCUCAUGGUCCAUCCACCCAAUAGUCGUUAUGCCGUUGGAUGCUCUACGGACUCGUUUCCAAGUGCUCCCACAGAAAAUAUCGCUCUUGGAUGCAAGAAUUUGGCAAAUAGGGAUAAGGCUAGUCAAACCACCUUCAUUUUCUCCCACCUGAUUGAGGUGAAGAGCGAUUGCGAAACAGCCCAGACAGAUCUCUUCUUCCCAUCAUCUAAAAGCCUCCUUCCAGUCGACGGACGGCUCCGCAUUCAGACUGCUCAGGCUUUCAUGGGGUUUCCAGAUCAGCCACUGCUGCCAGACAGUUGGGCGAUAACUGUCUUCCGAACCUGUCCUGUUGGUGAGCUGAUGAAUUCGCGUCUCCGUCUUCGUCUACGUGCCGGAACCUGCACAAGCCAAGACGGCGCUGUUGUGAAAGAUAGGCCGGAGAAGAGCAGAGCUAAAAUCUACCAUCUCAGCGUCGUGCGUGAGAAGACUUUGGACAAGAUUGGGAGGUCUCCGGAUCUGGAUCAGCCGAAAUGGAGCUGUUGCUGCACCUCCACACCGUGUAGAGCCGACAAGUUACACACACGAGCCAGUGUUUCGUAG